AUGUAUGUGGGUACCCUGAAGCUGGAGUUACAGGGUCCUGGACUUGGCUUCUCACACGUUCAGAGGAUGAUGAGCAAUCAAGCCUCCAGAAUGGGAUUAGCAUUACCUGGCAUGGGAAGUCUGGGGCCGGUAGGAAAUCCAGACAUUCCUCUUGGUACAUCUCCUUCGAUGCCAGGCCACAACCCAAUGAGACCACCAACCUUUCUCCAACAAGGCAUGAUGGGACGUUGCCACUGGGUGAUGUCACCAACACAACCUACAAUGCUCAGCCAGGCCACCCUGGUGGCCAAUCCAGCUGCUGCUAUAGGCAUGAAUCCUCGCAAGGAUCGGGGGCCUGUUGGGCUCUAUACCCACCUGAGGCCUGUGGGUUCCCCGGGCAUGAUGAUGUCCAUGCAUGGUAUGAUGGAACCCCAACAAAACAUCAUGAUCCCCCCACAGAUGAGGCCCUGGAGCAUGGCUGCUGAUGGUGGAUUUAGCCAAGGGCCUGGCAACCCAGGAAACGUGAUGUUUUAA